AUGGCUCAAAUGCAUUCAUUUUUAGUAGAAAAUGCUAAAUCUGAACUUAACUAUGUAAACCAAAAUCUUCGUGAUGAGAACUUUUUAUUAAUGUUUAGUAAAAUUGCAAGCUUUAUGGAAAAUAGCACCAAUUUGUUUGAUAGUGAUUCUGUCUCUUCAGAAAACCUUGUUAAGAAUGCAGAGGAUGAUAUAGAAGAGUCUUCUAAGGAAGUAAACAAUUCUGUUGGCAAAAAUUCAUUAAAUCUAGAAAUUGGAAAUUUAAUAUUAUUAUCUUCCAAGUUAGAGUCUAAUGAAUCAUUAAGUGAAGAUAUUGUGCAUAAAGAUAAAGAUUUCGAU